AUGCCACCACAGGGAUACAAGAACACGCUUGGUGGAAGCAUGAUCGAGACUUCCGUCCGUACACUCUUUCCUAACAUAAAAUAUUGUUGGAUCGAUACAAUAUGUAUCGAUCAAAAUGACGAAGAAGACAAGAAACUUCAAAUACCUGUGAUGGGUGACAUAUAUGGAAAUGCGCAAGUGGUAGUGAUCGUCACAACUUGUGAUUUCCCGCGUUGGAUGACGCAAGAUUAUUUGGAUCUACUCACCAGGGACCUAGGUGAAGCUAUCGCAAUUUCUAAGGGUGAAGAAUAUACAGAGUUCAUGUCGGAGUACUGGGCACAUGGAGAUGGUCGACAAAAAAUCAUUGAGGGGAUGGAUUGUCUUGAGUUUUUCACCAGAACGCGAUGGGCUGAUCGAAUCUGGACAUUGCAGGAGUAUAUUCUUGCUCGACAAGUUGUUUGGGUUGGCAAAGAAAAUGUAUGUCUUCGAAUAGACGAUGUUAUGUUCAGUGCACUGCCGGACUUGUGUGAUGUCUUCUUCAAUAUCGAGGAAGCAAUAGGUGGGAAAUAUGCUAAAGUCUACGACUUUUACACCGGUAUGGUGAAUGCUGGAGCUGGGAGAAUUAAUCAGACUCGUGUCAUGGAGCUCUUGGGAAAUCGCUCGGCUUCGUUUCCAGAUGAUGAGAUCUAUGGUGCAAUGGCAGCUUCGGGGGUAGUUAUACCCCCAGGAGUCGUCACCGGACAGAACAAUGUUUGGGCCCUUUGGUGGGAGGAAGCAAUACGUCAAGGGCAUCAUCGUUGGAUGUUUCUUCCUCCUGUCAUAUCCGAAUUUACCAGUACAAACUGUAUAAUGCCACCGUUUAAGACGCGUCACAAAUCCUCACAGUAUUCCGGACUUGAUACAGUACAUGUCAAAGAGGGUAAAGUUAGCAUUUUCGGUGGGAGCGUAAACAUGUAUGGUCGCUGGGCUGGUUCUUGUCGCAUAAUAAGGCGCUUGGGUAAAGUCUUUCGAGAUUUGAAUGGGGGUCUCCGUCGAGAUAUAACAAUGAUACUUUUUGCCAGUGGUCGUUGGAAACUAGCUUUACGGCUUGUUGCAGCAUUUAGUGGGGGAAGGUAUUACUGGAAGCAACGUUUGGCCAUAGCACAAGUUCUACAAGCAAACUAUCAUCGUGCUGAAAGGAACGCUAGCUCUAGAGGAGAGCACGAGAUGGUUCUCCGUAGGCUGACAGAGUAUCAAAGAACAAUCUUGGGUGACUUCAUGAGGCUCAUGAUGAGUCAAAUGAUUUCGCUGAAUGAUGGGAUAGCUUAUCUCGCUUGCAUCGAGAACACUUUGAAGUCAACGGAUAUCAUCAUAGUGAGCGAUAAUCAUCAGCCGUUAAACAGGCUUCAUGCUCUUGAUUUCGGUAUACAAGAUGUUAGCAAGAGGACUCCUUUCAUGAUUGUUUCGGCACCAGAUCCUAAUGUAAAAGUUUAUGAUGGGGCUCCUAUCAAAGCUCUCCAUAAAGUUGGAAUGUCUCUGCCAACGAUCGUUUGUAAAACAUUGCGCAAAGCAGGUGCUUAUAAGGGCCAUGUCAUCGACUCACAUUCACAUGAAUUUAAUAUUGGAGGCAAGGCAUGUUGGUUUUGCUCAAAAACUACGGAUAUUGGAGGAUCUCGAAAUAACACCGAAAUUCUCCACUGA